AUGGCAAAUAACUCUUCUAGUGUCGUGGUUCCUACUAGUAGUACACCUGGUGUCUGCUUUAUGCCGAUUGUGGAGUUUGACCCUCAUAACAUGAACCGUCUAGAUUCAGUUCAGCCGACUUGGACUUUUCUUAUUACUGUCAAUGGUCUUGCUGCUCCACCGACAAUCGUCGUUAACGCCCUUGUCAUAUGGGCUGUGGUUGGGGAUGAAAGUCUCAGAUCUUCUCCUUUCAACGUUUUGCUUGCCUCUCUAGCAGUAACUGAUUUCCUUGUAGGAUUGCUAGUCGAGCCGCUGUAUUGUCUCUUUCAUGGAUGUCUUCUGAACAUUUGUCUUUUGCCUGACUGUACAUUCACUGCGUACGUUUUGUCUUGYACAGUUUGCGGAGGCUCAACGUUUGUCAGCUUUACYAUCGCUAGUGUUGAGCGGUAUUUAGCCGUUGAACAUCCRAACUUUUACCUCAAGAACAUCACUGUUAAAAAAGUUAUGACAGCAACAACCAUUGCCUGGGUAGUAAUCUUAGGGUGUCUGUUGAUUACUGGCACCGUUUUAARUCAAAGCCACCCUGACCUAUUUAAAGUUCCAGCYUCUACAACCGCUGCCAUUUUUGGAGUGGUCAUUUUGUACUGCWCRUCUAAAGUACAGUUAACAGCUUACCGUAAGAGAAGAACCAUUGCCCUGCAGCAAGAAUCAGUUCAACAGCCAGACGAACAGCAGCAACAAGAACAACGACUCCAGGAAUACAAGCGAGUGUUCACGAUGACCAUGUUAGUGGUCUUGUCAAUUCUCUUUUACAUUCCUGUCAUUAUAGUAACCGUGAUACAAGUCAUGAAGGGUAAAGAUGAAACGAGCGACUUUYCGUACCUCGCAAUGCCUAUCUGUGCAACAUUUAUAAAUCUCCAGUCUCUCAUCAACCCAAUCAUCAUGUCACUGCGUCUGUCCUACAUUCGCCAAGCCAUCAAGAACAAGGUACAUAGCCUUGUACACACGCAUGAAACUGAUUAA